CAUCCGCGCCCCUCCCCUGCCCUUUCCCCUGCACCCCCCCCCAGAUGUCCGGACUGCCAUGAGUUCCGUCGCGCAGCGUGUCUACUCGCGGUUCGCCCACCUUCCCCGGCGGGUGCCUUUGCGGCUGAUCUCGCAGGUGGGCCAGCCAGUUGGCCCAAUUCCGGCGAACCCCCUCAGCCAGGCCCCCGACCCGUUGACCUUCGACUCGGCGGCCGCCACGGCCGCCGGCCAGGAGGCCAGCGUGCAGCCCGGGCCCGCCAGCCUCGCCACACCCCUGAACCUGACCGGCUGUGGUAUGAACUUGCCAUCCGGCGCACGCCUCGAGGGCGGCCCCAUUUGCUCCGAGCACAUUGAUGACGUCAAUGGGCAGAUCCUUUCGCGGUCGGUCUCCAACCUUUUCUCCCUCAAGUGGUCGACCCCGCCGCGGAAUAUCCUCCUCAUCGCCAAGAAGGGGGAUAUUUCCGUCACGCGGGCCUUCUCACGCAUUGUGCGCGAUCUGCUGCGCGUGUCGGAGCUGUCCGCCGGAGGCCCGGUCACACACGGCAUGUCCCCCUCGUUGAAUGUCCGCAUCGCCGAGCUGCUGGAUCAGUCAUCCGGCGUGCCACACCACCCGGCCUCCGGGCUCCUGGGGGCCCUAUCUACCAGCCUGCCCGGGGCGGCGGAUGAUAACCAUCCGUUGGCCGCCUCCGGGCCCGGGGCCAGCCCCCGGUUCAACAUCAUCGUCGAGGAUCAUAUGUUGGAGGAGUAUCGUCGCAUGCUGACGCCGGCGUCGGCCCUGGCCUCGGCCUGCUAUCCGGUGCCGGAUGAUGACUAUGCCGAUGUGGGUCACCCGGCCACAGGGUCCCCGCAGCCCGGGACCCCGGGCCAGCAGCCCACCCAGUCGGCCUCGCCCACCCUGCCACCCAAUCUCAUCGGCUAUUCAUCCAUCAACCGCUCGGAGCUGGCGGAUGUUGUGGACCUGGUGGUGGCCAUCGGCGGCGAUGGGACCCUGCUGCAUGUGUCCUCUCUUUUCCAGGGCAGCCCAGUCCCGCCGGUUAUGGCCCUCAGCAUGGGGACCCUGGGCUUCCUGAUGCCCUUCCGAGUGGACUCAUUUGGGUCGAUCCUGCGCCAGGCCCUGGAGGAGCCGGUGGCAUUCGUCCCCCGCAUGCGACUCCACUGUACCAUUGUGGACGCCGAUGGCAAGGUGAAGGAUGAGUAUCAUGCUCUCAAUGAGACGACCCUCCACCGGGGGAACAACACCUCGCCGGCUUUCAUGGACAUCAUGAUCGACGGCAAGUACAUGACCGAAACCAUCGCCGAUGGGCUGAUCAUCGCCACACCGACAGGGUCGACGGCCUAUUCUCUGUCAGCCGGGGGCCCGGUGGUCCACCCCUCCGUUCGAAGCCUUUUGCUGACGCCGAUUUGCCCGCGCAGCUUGUCCUUCCGGCCGGCGGUUUUGCCGCCGGACUGCUCGAUCUCCCUCCGGCUGGCUGCUGGGAGCCGGUCCUCGGCCGAGGUCAGCUUCGACGGGCGGAACAAUUUGAAGCUGGACUUCCGGGAGACCCUCCAUGUUCGGGCAUCGCCCUUCCCCCUGCCGGCGCUGGUUCCACAAAAGCUCAGCCCCAGCGGGGCACCGGUGGCCAACAACACCGACUGGGUGCACGACAUCAAGACCCUGCUGAAGUGGAACCAGAAGUGGGGAAGUGGGUAAUCUGGCGCACGUGGGCUCUUGUCCCGUCUGCUUCCUCCGGAUCUGGCAUUCUUCCUGUAUCCCCAGGAGGGGGAGGCACAUCCGCAAGCAAUAGAGCUCCAAAAGACCAAACAAACAAACAAACAAACACACACAUACACACGCCCUCGCUCCC